CAAAAUGUAAUCCACUUUUUUGUGGAAGAUUGGUUUUUGUCGGCAAUGUUGGGUAUCAUCACUGCUAUUUUGUCGAUUACUGUGGAUGUUGCUAUCGAAUAUAUUCAACAUUGUAAAGCUAUUUUUCUUGUCUUGCACCAUGAAUUCAGUGCACUGAUAUCUUGGAUAAUGUAUAUAACUUUGAUGACUGGAGCUGCUGCCAUCUUUUGCCACAUCGUAUCAAAACAAGCUGUUGGUUCUGGCAUUCCGGAAGUCAAAGUUAUCAUGCAUGGAUUUGUCAUGAAAGGUUACUUGACGUUGCGUACAAUGAUUGCAAAAAUGAUAGGGUUAACGUUAACGUUAGGAAGUGGUCUGCCAGUCGGCAAAGAGGGUCCAUUUGUACAUAUGGGUGCAGCUGUUGCCUCGUUGCUUACACGAGCGACAGCAUCCUGUCGUUAUCAGGCAUUUUUCUCGAAUGAGGGUCGUGAAAUGGAGAUGUUGUCUUCAGGUUGUGCAGUCGGUAUCGCCUGUACUUUUUCAUCGCCAGCGGGAGCUGUACUGUACGGUAUCGAGUCAACUUCUAAGUACUUUGCGGUUAAAAAUUAUUGGCGAGCAUUUUUCGCCACGACCUGUAGUGCAUUAAUUUUUCGUGCUGCAAAUGCGGCUAUUAUUCCACCGCAUAUUGCCGGCACUAUUACCGCUUACUAUCAGACAAACUUUCCAAAUGAGGUGUUCGUUGUCGAAGAAAUUCCUGUGUUUGCUUUGAUCGGCGUUUUUUCUGGCUUAUUGGGCGCGCUGUUUGUACUUGUUCACCGAAAAAUUGCUUAUUUUCGUGAAAAAAAUAAGCUUUAUAAAGCGAUCUUUGGAAAAAACCCUCUAUUCUUCACAAUCUUUAUGGCAGUGGUGGUAGGAAUGUUAACAUAUCCGGAAGGAACUGGUCGUUACUUUGCCGGAAAGUUAACGUUUCGCGAAACCCUUGCUGACUUUAUUGCAAAUUGCACAUUCUCACAAGCUAAUCUUACUGAUCGAGGCUGCCCGAUGUCAAAGAUGGAACACUGGACUGGAGGACCUGGUGGAAACCUUGAUGUUAUCUUUACACUAACCACUUACUUAGUAGUUUACUUUAUACUGGUUGCAAUUUGCGUUUCAUUAGCUGUACCUGCCGGUAUUUUUGUUCCUUCAUUCGUCAUUGGUGCUUGCGGUGGUCGAAUUGUUGGCGAGUUAAUGGUUAACUGGUUUCCAGAAGGAUUACGUGGUCUAGAUGGUCCACAAAUUUAUCCCGGUUUAUACGCUGUUGUUGGUGCUGCUGCAUAUACGGGUUCUGUAACACACUCCUUGUCAAUUGCAGUUAUUGUUUGUGAGACUACGGGUCAGCUUUGUCCACUUUUGCCGGUUUUGACCGCAUUGAUGAUCGGUGUUGCUAUUAGCAGCUUCUUACAGCCCUCAGUUUACGAAAGUAUUAUUAAGAUCAAAAAUUAUCCUCAUCUUGCUGAUCUCCCGCCGUCUCGUAUCAGUGUUCAUACAUUAAAAGUUGAAAAAGUUAUGGUUCACGACGUAAUCUGCAUCACGAAGGAUACUACUUAUAAAGAAUUAAGAGAGAUACUUCUAGCAACACCAAGUCUUCGUUCGUAUCCUCUUGUCACCGAUAUGAAAUCAAAGAUUUUGCUGGGUUCUGUAGCUAGAAGAUAUCUGAACUAUCUUCUGUUGGAAAGGCUUGGUCCGGAUCCAGCUCUUUUGGAUAGGAAACGCCGAAACACUGCAUCGGAAAUCUUUGCUCCUUUCAAACGUUCCUCGCACACUCAUUUGAACACAUUGCUUACAGAUCGCAACAUUAGCGGAAAUACUCUUUUGGCCAACAGUCCACUUCACGAUACCCUCAGAGAAAAUGGUCCACUGGCUCCUCUUCUAAGACGACAAGCUGAACCCGAUGUUCACGUAAAUCGGGCUGUACAACUGCAAAGAAAAAUUGAUCUUGACGAAAUUGCAGUCGAUCCAGCGCCCUUUCAACUGGUUCUCGGUACUUCACUUUUCAAAGUUCACACACUAUUUUCGCUACUUGGUCUUCAUCACGCUUAUGUAACAAAUCGAGGCAAAUUGGUUGGGGUGAUCUCAACCAAGGAGCUGCGUGAUGCAUUGGCUAACAUCUAUAGCCGUGGUGCAGUUCCAACAUAUUCGGUACGCAAAAGCACAAUAUCUUUAAAUCCUCCGAUUGAUCUUAGCAGUCAUGAUGCCAGUGGUAGUGCCCAGCUGCAGUCGUCGCCAGUAGGACAGUCAGAUGAAGCAGGACCAUCUGGGAAAAGCGGUGAGCUGUCAAAAGCGAGCAGCGAGCAGGCAAUAAAAAUAAAUAUGUCACAACCAAACAACACGGAAGAUGAUGAAUCGGACAAACUUUUAAAAUAA